AUGGAUUUCACUGCGUUGUGAGUUUUUUUAAAGGGAAGAAGAGGAAAAAUAGUUUUAUUACAGAAGAGAAGCGAAAAAGCGGGAGUUUGACGAUUUAUUAAAAGUUGAAAUAGUUGGAAUAAUAAAUGCUCCGAAAAAACAGAAUGAUUCAACAAUUUCGGCCAUGGAUUUGGACCCAGAGGAGGAGUUGUGAGUUUUUAUGAAAUAAAAUUUUUUCCAUCUGAUUUCGAAAAUAAAUCGUUUUUUUAGAUUGUUAUGCGCUGGUUUCCAAGGAGGUCUCUCAAUUAUUCGAACCGAUUCACUUCAUCUUCAAAAACCCAAAUCGAAAACUAAAAAACAUACGGAACACAAAGGUUUUAACAAUAUCCAAUGGUGUGCGAUUGAUUCAAGAAUGUUUAUAACAACAAAAAUCGAUGAGACUCUAACCCUAUGGGAUUCACAAAAACUCGCCGAAAUAAAAUCGAAAAAAUUCGAAAAUCUCAAAUUCGUCCAUUGGAAUCAAUAUCAUUCAACAAAUCCGAUGUUGGCGAUAAAUGAGAAGAAAUCUGUGAAAAUCCUGGAUUUUCGAGUGGGCUGGGAAAUUUGUCAAACUAUCAAAACGGAUCAUAUUGUUUCGGGUUUUCAAUGGUUUCCUUCAAGUCAACAUUAUUUAUAUUCUUGUGAUUUAUCGGGUUUUGUGACAAUUUUCGACAUUCGAAGUGGAUCUCAAAAAUUGCUAUCCAAAAAAAUCUCGGAAAAUCCCCUUCAAAACUUGAAAAUCAAUAUUUCCUCUGGUGGAUUGGAAACAAUUGUGGUUGAUAACAAAAAUUACAUUUAUAUUCUGGAUUCUAUUGAUCUAAAUGAAACCCGCCCCAAGAUCCACUUAGAAUCGAAUGGUUUUCCAAAAUUAUUCGAAAAUUAUGGUGAUUAUUUAUUAAUUGGAAAUGGUGACGAAGAUUUGAAUCUCAUAAAUUAUCGAAAAACCGGAGGAAAAUCUCUCGAAGGUUUUCUGAGAAAACCAACUUGUUCAGUGUUUUUCGAGCGGAAAAAUGAGGUGAGUCUACAAAUUAUUUGAAAUUGCCACGUCAUAGCCAAUUUUUUUCCCAGAUUCUUCUUGGCUGUACAUCAUUCCCACUAAUUGUUUGGUCAACAAAUUCAACACCUUAUAAAAAUAAUAUUCGAAUGGAUUUUGAUACCUGGAGUGAUGAAGAAUAA